ACACUAGCUUUUCUUUCAUUCUUGAUUAAUGCCCUAUAAGCCUCACAACCAUCGGUCUCAUGUCAGCCGCGCGCAUAUACAAAUAUGACGCACCCGUCGUACCACUGCAACAAGGAGGAGUAUGGCGCAUCAACGGAAUAUUCAAACUGGUUCACGUCAUCGACAUAUCGAGGAUGAUGCAGCUAGUGGACGAAACUAGCCGGGAUGCGGCAACCCUGUCGGAUCAACGCAUCAAAACUAUAACGAGGCAUUACCUGGAGCAGGCAGCGGAAGGGAUGAACAGAGUAAUGAGGCCAACAACACGCAGAGCUCGAGCGGUAAACUGGAUGGGUUCAGCCUGGAAAUGGAUAGCAGGAUCACCGGAUGCAGAGGACUGGAAUGCGGUACUCAACUCGGAAAAGAUGAUCAGCGAAAACAACAACCAGCAGAUUCGGAUCAACGCUCGACUCUUCGACGCAAGCCACAAAUCGAUUCAAGAACUAAAUGAUGUGGUAGCGAGAGUCAAUGCGAUUGACGGAGACCUCCACGCAGUUACAGCAACACUGCAUAAGGCAAUUAUCCUGGCUGGCCAAGUGGCGGAAAUCACGAGGGCCUGCCAACUUGCCAAAACGGGAGUGACGAAUUCAAAUCUUCUGGAUCACGAAGAAAUUGAAACCAUGCUCACGGAAGUCAACGAUCUCCCGUACCAAAACGCUGUGGAAGCAGUGGAAUUUUCCCGGCCAACGAUACUCUCCAAUGGCACGACGCUACUAUACGUCCUGGCUCUCCCCAAAGUAUCAAGCAGGAGAUACGAACUUGUACGCUUGUAUCCAACAGUAUCAGGCGGAAGACAAAUAGUGCUCGAGCACCACAAGUUCGCACUGAACAGAGAGGAAACGUAUGCAGUAGUGGGCAGCUGUUCCACCAUCGGCAAUAUAACAGUCUGCCCAGAAGAGGAUUUAAUAGCCUUGGAGGAGAACUCAUGCAUUCCACGGCUCCUGAAGGGUGGCCAUGCAUCUUGCUCAUACCUUCGGAGCAACGAAGAAGUCGUGCAGUUAGUUGAGGAUGGGACAUUAUUCCUCUCCAAUUAUAAUGGAUCGCUUACAACACUCGAAAGGGACUACCAACUGGAAGGGACGUACAUAGUCCAGUUCAACAAUGAAGUCGUCGCAGUCCGAAACAAAAACUUCACCGCCCAUUCUGCAAAUCACCCUAUGGCCUUACCACCGGUACUAACCAACAUUAUGGUAACCGGCUACAGACCUUCCCUUGGUUAUGUUGAUGACAUCAACGCCCAAAACACACAGGCGAUGUCUGGCGUCUCACGAGGCGUAACUUUUUCCUACGUCUUGGAGGCUUCUCUAACACUAGUAGUCUUCUUGAUCCUGUUCAUCAUCUGGAGGAAGCUGACCUCCACCAAAGGAAUACCAACCACGAGAGUUAUCACCGAAGAUCUGGAGAACACAAAGAAGACAUCAACAACAGCCCAUCAUUCUAUUAAUUGAUCCGCGGGACGCAGACUUUUAGAGGGGGAGGAGUUAUCACCCGGCACAUUCGGGCCCCUCCCUCUGCUCAGCACUAUUCGCCCCCUACCAUUUACU